AUGGGCGUCCUCAACUACUUUACGGCGUCGGCCGACGACAAGCGCAAGGAGGAGGUGCGAUCCGGGGCCGUAGCACCCGACCGCUCCGAGCGCAAGCGGUGCUGGGAGGCCCGCGAUAACUACUUUGCCUGCCUCGACAAGCACGACAUCAUCGACUCGGUCAACGGCGACGGCAAGAAGCUGGCGGAUAAGAAUUGCGCGGCGGAAAACAAGGUGUUCGAGCAGGACUGCGCAACGGCUUGGGUUGCAUAUUUCAAGAAAUUCCGCGUCGCCGAAUACCAGAAGAAGAAGACACUAGAGCGCCUGCAAAAAGAAGGAGCCAACAACAUGGCCGCUGAUAGCGCUGCUAAGCGGUGA